CUUUAAAUAAUAACAGUACUUAAAUGAACAGCAAUAUGCACAUAUUGUAUUUUAAUGCAGGCUGAUAACAAUAAGGUAAAAGCACUGCUGAGUGAACAGAAAAGGCUCCAGGAUUAAUAAAUCCUGGCCUGGUCCGGACCAGGCUAACUGUAGUGAAUAAAUCUCCAUGGUAACUUAGGUGCGUCUGCUUUUGUGAAACCGAGUCAAGGCUAAAUUGCGAUAAGAUAACUUGGAAAUCCUGGCUUAAUCCCUUAUCUUGGUUUUGUGAAAUAGCCUUCAGGUCUGGUUGCUACACUCUGGCUAAUAAGAUAUUGCUAUUUCAGUUAACCAGCUCCAUCUAGCAUCUUUACCACAACAACAUCACACUAUUAUUAUUAUUAUUAUUAUUUUGUCAACCGGCUAAAACUCCAGUAUGAAGUCUUCAUACUGAAGUGAGACACACUCGCUUCUCUCUUUUCUAAUGAUGUGAAAGUUGGCCAAACUGUUUCAGAUACAUGGAAAGUGAAAGGUUUGAUUGUAGCUGUCGGUUACUGAGUCAUUUCCUGGUUUGACUCCUGCCUUCAACACACAUGACAGAUCACAAAUUUUGAUUUGAUAUAUGAGAUAUUUGAUCAAAAAUCAGUUUGUCAGUGAGAGUGCACUAUAUUUGUACAUCAUUGAUAAUUAGGUGUGACGAUCCAUAGUUGUUGAAUGAUUAAAUAUUGAAUCAAUAUUCAAUUCAAUCAAUCAACUGAGCCAAACAUAAUAAAAGGCAGUGAGGUCAACGUAUCAGUUAAAGAGUAAUGCUUUGGCACAACAUCAGAAAUAGACACAUAGAAAGGGGAAGUUAGACAACGGUAAUUUAAAAACCCACAUGGUCAAACUCUUGAAAUUCAAUGUGUAAAUACUUAAAAAAAAAAACACUUUAAAGUAGUUUAAAUGGCAAAAAGAAUGUACCUGAUAUAGUAAUAGAGAGUCUGGAACACUUACUGAUACGUACGUUUUUAAAAUAAUCGAGAAACUCUUAAGUUCUAAAGCCAGUAGUUAAAAUACAAAAUGAUUUAAUAUUUUGAGGGGGAACAGUCUUUCAAAUGAUGCUAACCUAUGAAAAAGAGAGAAUCGACAAAGAGGAACACAGGUUGAAACGACCAAACAGGGAUAUUGUGGAUAUAGAGUAAAAGAAGUUUCACAAAUAGUGUUUGUUGGGUGUCCCAAUAUUAUCAAACUUUGUAGUGUUUACAGUGGUGAUUUAUUAAAGUUAAAGAAGUCUCUUUGUGGAGUUAUACAUUACACAAACAAAUCUUGUGAUAAAGUCAUAACCAAGUCAAUAAGUUACGUUAGCUCAGGAUGCAAUUUAUAUUGAUUAAAAUGCAAAGAACCGGGGUGACCUCUAGCUCACCCAGUAAGAGCGUGCGCCCCCAUGUAGGCUGAGUCCUUUGCAGCGGCCCGGGUUCGAGUCCAACCUGUGGCCCUUUGCUGCAUCUCUCUCCCACCUUUCCUGUCUAUCCACUGUCAAUAAUAAAGGGAAAAAAAUUAUCUUAAAAAAAAUACCAGGGGCGUUUUUAGAGAUAAAGGAGCUUACCAUGAACACCAAUGACCCCAUUUGAAUCCAGUUUCUCGUAACUUGAUAUCUCUCCACUGGCGCUAUCUAAUAAAGGCUAAAUCUGUGUGUGUGUGUGUGUGAGCAAUAAAGCUACGGAUGUUUCAUGCAAUUAUUCCUUUUGUAUGCGGGGGCCAAAGUUCAAAGGGAAAGUUGAGUGUCUUGAGUAAACCACGUAAUCAAAAGAAAAAAACACUCAGGAAAAACAGUUCCAGUUAAUCACAGAUUAUUGUAAUCUAAUAGUUUGUUGGAUUUCUCUGUAUGGAUUAGGGUUAGGAUCCUGUUAAAUUACCAUACCUUAGGGAUAUUAAAAUCCAGUUUUGUUUCAUAACCUAUAAAAGAGAGUCCUAGCUUUUAUUUAAUAGUCAUUUUAUUAAUAUAAGAUCGGUGGUGGCACAAAUGAAAACAUUCCCCAUGAAGCCAAGAAAAACAGAGUGUCUUGUGGUAUUUUGUAACUGUCACCACCACACAUCUGUGCAGAAGAGUUUUCAGUAGUGAAACAACAUCAACUGCUCUGAUAUGCUAGGAUCUGCACAGAUAGAGGGGUUUCCAUGCAAACUAAAAUAAAGUCAAAAUAAGACAAACACCACCUAAAUUAAGAAUUCCAAUAUGUUAUUUCCAUGGCCUGGGAAAGUUCAAUCAAUAUUUGUGAACAUGAGCUUUUCUUUCUCAAAGAUAGGAACCAGAGGAGUAAAAGUCUCAAACUUGUGACGCAUCAAGUAUAAAUUCUGGAGCGGCUCCAAAGAACGUUUUGAACAUUUUGUGUCACUUUAGAGUUCAUCUGCUGGCCUGUAAGUAGGGAGAUCUGAGCACUGGUAAGAUGUAGAAAGUUUAACAUAUUCAUUUACACAUACUACCAAUAUUAUUUUUAUUAUCUUUUGGUAAAGAAUAAUCUUGUUGAAUUGUUCCUUCUUCUUUUUCUUAUCUCCACAAUGAAAAGGGAAGUUGGCAGCAAAUGUAAUAUUGUUUGCCAAAAAUCUGGGUGUAUUAGUUUCCUCUGACCUUUUGGUUCCUCAGUCUUGUUUAAUUCAUCCAGUAAACAUUUCCAAGUUACCGUAAUGUCCGUUCUAUCAAGCGAUGGCUCACGAUAAAUAAUUUAUGUAUCACAUUAUUCCUUAUGUUGACUUGUUGCAAAAUGCAGCUUAAACAUUAGCUACUCUUCAUGACUUCCUAUAUAGUUUAAUAGUACUACUACUAAGGAUAUGUUUCCUGGCACUGUUUUUAUUGAUAUACCGUUUGAAGUUUCCCUAUUUCAUCACAUAUUGCUUGGCAUGUAGCUGCUGUUUUAUUCUCUCUAUCUGUACAGUACUUGAUGUUUUACUGAGUAUCUUGGUUUGUGUGUCACUAGUUACUUAUUGUUUUAUUGUUUUCAAGGACCCAGUUAUCAAGGCCAUUUCCGGACAGCUCUCCUCUUUUCUGCUCAUCACAAACAUUGAGCUGUUCUCCUCCAGUAUCCAAAAGAGGAAGUUUUCAGUGUGUUCACAUGCUGCAUCUACACAGCUCAGCUUGCAGUGUGAGUAGAGGACCUCCGAGAACCCGAUGGACGUCUACCAGGAGGCUGUGUGUUAUCUGGAGUCGCAGCAUGUACCAGUUGAAGCAGAGACUGAAGUCCUGGAGGAGGAUGUGUUCCAGGAGGAGGCAGUGUCCUGUUUGCUCUCUCCUCUCCUCCCUAAGAGCUUAGACUUCCCCGACACCCCCACGUUUAGCAGCCCUGAGGAAAUGCUGGAGAGGAGGCUGGUGGUCCUGAAAGGCAUCCUGGAGAGUGAGGAGGUUUAUCUCAGAGAGCUGGAGGCCCUGCUGAUGCCCAUGAAGGCUCUGCGUGCCUCAGCCGGGACCUCCCAGCCAGUUCUGUCCAGUCGACAGGUCCAGACUGUUUUCUACCAGGUGCCUGAGCUCAGAGACAUGCACCAAAGCUUCUUCUCUGGCCUGAAGGCCCGGCUGAGCGCACACUGCCAGACUGAGCCCGGUUCUGGUGCGGAAGGAGAGAUGAGCUACGCAGGCUUUGAGCUGAUGGUGGGGGACCUGUUUCUGAAAAUGGUGAACCAGAUUGGUCUGUACGGUGGUUUCAUCGAAAACUAUGAGAAAGCUGUUGAAGUUGUUCGCAAGUGCACACACUCGGACCCUCGCUUCCGAACCCUGGCCCAGAGCAUGAUGUCUAGUAACGGCUCAGACAAAACUCGGACCACAUACACAUUUGAAGCUCUACUAUACAAGCCUUUGGACAGAGUAACCAAGACCACACUGGUGCUGCGUGAUCUCCUGAACACGACACCAAUGGAACAUGGAGAUUACACAUUUUUACAGGAAGCUCUGCGAUUGUCCCGCAGCUUCCUGUCUGGUGUCAACGAAAGUUCACAGUGCAAACGAGAGGUCACCCUCAGUCACGGCAUGAGACGUCAGCUGAUGCGUGACGGCUUUGUGGUGGAUGUGAGCGAGGGGGAACGCAGCCUGCGUCAUCUCUUCCUUUACACAGACCUCCUGCUGUGCACCAGAUUCAAACAGGCAACCAGAGGGAAGCAGGACCAGUACAGGUUCUGCUGGUAUGUGCCUCUUGCUGGUCUCAAACUUCACUGGAUUGCAGACCAAGAACGUUCACUAGACACUAACCUUCGCUUACACACCAUAAGAACCAAGAUGCACCUCCUCCGUCAACAGCUACAGCAACACGCAAAGGGGUCCAAGGGCUUGGCUUUAGCCGCUCGUAGCAGGAAGAAAAUGGAGCAAUUGGAGCUGAUGCUGCUCACGCACUCCCCUGUUUACACACUGGAGCUGCACAGUCCCAGUUGCAAGAGUCACACUCUCCUCCUCUCCUCACUGUAUGAGCUUGAAGAAUGGAGAGAAGCCAUUCACAAACUCACCACAGACAACAUAGAAACUGUCCCUCCAGACCUGCUCACCCUCACCAGUGCAUGUGUGAAACUGAGAAUGACCCAGCAGCCACCACUUCACAGCACAAACACUGUAGAGAACGAGGAGUCUUUGUGUGGGACUCUGAGUGUUGCCAUCCACUCGGCCUGCGGCCUGCAGCAACCAGCCUGUGUGUAUGUGUGUGUGGAAGUGGAUGGCUAUGAAUUUUACGAUAAACAAGCCCAGACACACUCAUCUGUCCACAGCCUUAACCCACAUUGGGACCAGGAGCUGUCGUUCCAGGUGGACGGGGCAAAGCACCUAAGGGUGUUCUGCGUGAGUCAGUCAGAUGGACAGGAUGAUACUGUCCUGGGCAAAGCUUCUGUAAAGUUGGAAUCUAAAACCUUGAAUAAGCGAUGGAGGAGACAGACUCUACACCUCGGCCAGGUAGAGGUGACUCUCUCCCUGAAGUACUGUCCCCACCUGCUUAAACCACCUAGCUCUACAGCUCAACAACAACCUGUCUUCUGUAUCCCCAUUGAAACUGUGGCACAACAGGAGGGAGUGCUGGUCCCACAUGUGGUGCGCUGCUGCGUGGAUGAGGUGGAGAGGAGAGGCAUGGGCGAGGUGGGCAUCUACAGGAUUUCAGGAACCACCAGUGACAUCGCCAUGCUCAAGACUGCAUUUAACAGCAAUCUGCGUGAAGCAGUAACCAGGCUGAGAAGUGCUGAAGUGAAUGCCGUCACUGGUGUUCUCAAACUAUACUUCAGAGAGCUGCCGCAGCCUCUAAUACCCACUGAGAUGUUUCAGAGCCUGGCCAGGAUGCUGGAUAUCCAGGACAUAAACUCCCGGCUUGUGUCCAUGUUGUCCCUGCUGCACUCCUGUCCAGACCCCAACCGCCACACCUUCCUGUACCUCCUGCACCACCUCCAACGAGUGUCUGAAAAGCAAGACGUCAACAGGAUGUCUCUGCAGAACCUGGCUACAGUGUUCGGUCCGAGCCUCAUACGCCCCCCUGUGGUUGGACUGGGGCAGGACGGCCCCACCGUGGAUAUCUCCCAGGAGGUGGUGGUGCAGGUCCAAGUGGUUUUGUGCUACCUGCAGUGCAACAACCUCCCUGAAGCCCAGACCUCUCUGCCACAUGACACAGACCCUGAAGAUGAGACCACCCACAUGUGAGACCACCAUCAGUGUCACGCCUGGCAGGAAAUACUGUGUAAAGAAAAAUAUCUGCAUUUGAACUUUAAAACAAAAGUAUUUAUUGAUAAAAAUAUGAACUGCGA